UCUAUAUUACCCCUCGUUGCGUGCGUUAAGAGGGCAAAUAGCGACGAAUCUGACGGGUUUCGAGGAGGUUGUCGAACCUAGGGUUAGACUCUUUUGAUCCUCUCGAGAUCAGGUCUCCGUGUGACUGAUUCGUGUUCCUUUGGAUAUUUCUCCCCGGAUUGAUCGCAGGCCUCUUUUCUCUCAUCCUCAAUGGCGACGGAGACCAAACCUGUGGCGGCAGAGGACCCGAAGGUCGACCUCUUCGAGGAUGACGAUGAGUUCGAAGAGUUCGAGUUUGGGGAAGAAUGGGAUGACAAGGAAGAAGGCAAAGAAACAGUGCAGCAGUGGGAGGAUGAUUGGGAUGAUGAUGAUGUCAAUGAUGACUUCUCUGUGCAACUUAAGAAGGAGCUCGAAAGCAGUUCAGAGAAGAGUUGAAUUUUGAUUAGCAACUAUUAAGUCGUUCUUUUAGUUGUGGAACAUAUAACAACUUUUUAUCGCAUAAUGUUGCCCUAAGACCAUAUCUAUAUUUUAUAAUCAUGCACUGGCUUUGAAGUUGACUACUAUACUAUGCACAUGAAAUGAUUAUUGGACAAAUUUGGAUCUUGCACUAGUAAAUGCAGGUAAUUUUC